UGGCUCACCACACUGCAAACAACGAGCCAUCGGUGGUUGGCAGGGAUUUGCAAGCUUCAAUGCAGUUGGGUACGAGGCGCCGCCGGCGUUCCUCCGAGCCAGGCCCUGCCGGCGGAGCGGACUACCUCAGCGCCCUCCCCGAAGAUCUCCUCCUCCUGGUCCUCGCCCGCCUCGGCUGCGCCGCCGCCGCCGCGCGCACGGGCCUCCUCUCCCGCCGAUGGCGCGGCCUGUGGGCCCGCCUCCGCGACCUCUCCUUCCGGGGCCUCGCGUUCCCGUCGCUCCAGGCGGCGCUCGGCCGCGUAUCCCGCCCCCCUCCCGCGGUCUCCCUCCUCGAGAUCCACGUCCCCAGCCAGAACUGGCCCGAGGACGGGCCCGCCGCCGGCGCCGUCACCUCGCUGCUGCGCGCCGCCGCGCUGCUCGCGCCUGAGAAGCUCGUCUUCACUUUCCCGUUGGACUCACAUCUGAGUUACGCGGGCGUCGACCUGCCGUGCUUCCACCGCGCCACCUCGAUUGUGCUGGAGUGGAUCCCCUUCGUCCUCGCCGGGGGCGAGUACCCCGCCCUUCAGACGCUGUCCAUCAGGGGCUGCGAAGUUGACGACCUCGGUGCCUUGCUCUCCCUCUGCCCACACCUGCGCGCGCUCAGGCUCAUUUGGCUGGGCGGCGACGACGACCGGACGACAGUCCACUCAACGUCGCUGCAGGAGCUUGUCAUGGAGGCAAUGUGGGCACGCCGAGUGGACAUCGUUGCCCCCAUGCUUAAGCAAUUGACGGUGUCCUUGCACGCCUACGAGCAGGCGAGCAUCUCCAUCUUGGCACCAAUGGUGGAGAAGGUCUCGUGGCAAUGCCUCUAUCAGAAUAGAACUAUUUGGUUUGGUCUUUGGUGCCUCGAGAAGCUGAGCCUACAGACGGCAGAGGCUCAGGAACAGCUCCCUUCUUUGCACAUUCAUGCCUGCAGUUGCUUGUUUGACUUUUCCAAUGAAGAAGCCAACUUUGCAGAGGAGAUAGAGAAGCACCUGGUUGCUGACUUCUCUGCUUUGGAGCUACAUCUGACAACAACGGGCCAUGUUUUUGGAGCAUUUGUGUCACAUCUUCUUGGGUUAAAUUGGAUCUGUAGUGUUAUAACUUAUAAGGAGGCUUAAGGUCGUCCUACAGUCAUCACAGGAUAUAGAUGUGUGCCAUGCAGUUUGUCCUUGUCAGCCUACGAACUGGAGGACCCAAAUUAUCGCCUUGACUGCUCUUGAAGAAGUAGAAAUAGAUGGCUUUGAAGGAGAGGAUCAUGAGCUUGAUUUCUUGAAACUGGUAUUUAGUUGUGCACCAAUGCUUAAAACAAUGGUUGUGAAGCUGUCAGACGAGGUCUCGUCAGUUGAUGAUAGAUGCACAAAAAUAUACGACAUCUUCAGGGGGUAUUCCUCUGUGAAAUGCAAUGUUUAUAUUAUCUCUGGGGUAAUGCAUCACAGCGAAAAUUGCCGGCUGACUUGAUUCUCAUCCUUACAUGGACAAGAUCAUCCUUCCCCGUGCCGGACUGUUAGCUGGUUUCAGGAUUCUGCUUGGUUGCUUCAACUAAAAAAAAUGAGGUGUUGUUUUGGCAGUUCGCUGCUACUAUAGGCUCAGAAUGUUGCACUCUUAGUUAUAUUCAGUUGUCAAAGUCAUUGUGCUCAACCGAUACAUGUCAGUCCUGAUCUCCAAGUGGUUCUGUUAGGCCUAUAAUUUCAAUUGCGUUAUGUCUCCCUCUUCUCUGAACUACCGCACCCUAUAUGAUGAACAGAGUUGCAUAUGUACUCAUUCUAGCUCUUCCUUGGGUCACUUUGUAAAGUCGAUGCUGACUUGUGAGAGUUUACUCGCAACUUCCGAUUAGUAAAGUCGCAGACUGUACUCUAUUGAACAAGUCGGAUCCUUCACCUUCGUUGUUUGCUGUUGUUUGAUGUC